AACCAAACCCACCAGACCAGCCCGACAUUCCCAAUACAAAUAACCCAAUUUUAUUUUCUUAUUUUUCAAAACAAAACAGAGAAGAAGAGCGUGACAGACAUGGCAGUAUGUGAUGCCGUGAUUGGGAAUUUGACGACGAUCUACAUAGCGGUGAUAGCAGGAAUCAAGGCGUACGGUCUGGUGUCUGGACGGAGCUUCAGUAGUGGUUUUGUGCUGAUUGCAUCGACCACAGUAGUGGGUGUCAUCUUGAUCGGGACGCUGACGUGGGACGUGUCACGUAAAGCCACCUAUGUAAUUGCGCGUGAUCAUCACGUCCACAGCCACCACGAGAUGUGCAAGGGUGGUAUUUGCUGGCACGGUGUGGCGGUAAGGUCACCGGCUUCUCAGGUCCGGUUCCGGCUGCCUCAGCAAGUUCCGUACGGUGCUUUAUAAAACGAAUAAAAAAAAAGAUCAAGUGUAAGGUAGAUGUAUGUAUAUAUAUAUUUAUAGAAUAUGUUUUUGGAUUGUUGGUGUUUGUUGGUGAAGCCACGAGGUGUUUGCGUUUUUGAUUGAGAGGAAUAAGGAUAAUAUAAUAAAUAUGCAGUAGGUAUGUAUAAACGGAAUGGAAUAAAUGAGUAUGAUGUAGCAGAAAGCAUUGUUAGUUUGAAGCUUUUGUUGGCUAUCUAUAUUCGAGGCGUGGGCAACGAUGAACGAACAAACGAGCAAUUGAAGAUUGGCUUGGUAGUGCUCCAAGUGUAGAUGGGCUCGACUCGAUAGGAGAGGAUAUGAGUUUGAAAUUGGCCGGAGAUUUAUCAACAUCAGACUUGUAGUGGCAAUGAAAUUGGUUAUUAGAUCUGGGGUUUGUAUCUCAGGCCGUGAUGUGGUGAAGAGCUGAUUGCCUUAUAUUUGCUAUUUGCCUAAUAAUACGCAAUGAACAAUGGCGCUUCCUUCCCAACAACUGUCUGCCAUAGUUGUGUGUACAUUUCUUAUAGUGAUUUUCUUCAGUGAGUAAAUAAGUUGUUUGUGAUUUUGAAUUGAAUUGAUCCGAUUGUUCAUGCUUUUUCUUUCAAGUUUGGAUUUUUGAGAUAUUAUUGCAAACACUCUCGCCUGUAACACAUUAUUACUCAAUCCAAUCGUCUUUUCAUUGGA